AUGGGUUCCCCUACAAAAAUCCCCCCCAUACUUAUAACAACUUCAGCAAAAAAUGUAGAACCUUUGUCACAGAGGAAUAAUAAAGCUGAAGAUGUUGUUGAUGGAGCUGCGAAAUCCAUAAACUUUUCAUUUGAGGACCACGAUGAUGCAGCUCAGAUCGGCAAGAUGCGGUAUGAUGCGUUGAUCAUGAAAAUCAAACGCCAGAAGAUAUGUCUAAGAUGGUAUCAAGAAACAUUGGGGAAGGAGAAAAAUAAAAUGAGGGAAGCAGAAGCACGCAACGGGUUUGACCUGUUCUGCGAGUUUGCAAGAUGUGUUGUCCCAAGCUACAACUGGGACAAGAUCGCCAUAGAGUAA